UGUCAUUGGACACAAAAACACUGUCAUACUUUUUCACACAGACUAACUCUACAAAGGUGAUCUGCAGCUCAGACAUGAUGCGCUUCACUAUCAUUAUCCUGAUCCUCAACGCCAUCGGUGCAUUUUCACAAACUCCAAGUACCCAUGAAUUUACGUUCUACAUGGGGUGCUCUUUCAAUGGCACAGCUGAGGUGGGGUUCCAAGUAGACGAUGAACAGCUUAUGUAUGUGGACUUUCACAGACAAAAGGUUGUUGUUACUCUUCCUCAAUUUAUUGUUUAUAAUCCAAGUGAAUUAAUUGCAGCUCACUAUGUGUAUCGAAAUUCUGUAAGAAAUAGAAAGUACUGUUUGAGUGUUUUGUAUUUUUUAAAAGAAUUAGAAAAAUUGAAACAGAGCACUAUACCACCAGAAGUAGAAGACCCCCCUGACAGCAUUCUCUACCCGUCUGAAGAAGUUGAGCUGGGAGUUGAAAACAGUCUCAUCUGCUUUGUGAAUAAUUUCUUCCCUCCCUCCAUCAAUGUGAUUUGGACCAAAAACGGUGACGUGGUGUCUGAGGGGGUGUCACUCAGUCGAUAUUAUCCCAAUAAUGAUCAGACCUUCCGUCAGUUUUCAACGCUGACAUUCACACCAAAGCAGGGUGACAUGUACAGCUGCACAGUGGAGCACCCUGCCCUGGAGAGGCCCAACACAAGGAUCUGGGAAGUCGACCUGGGUCAUCCCAGCAUUGGUCUGGAUAUUUACUGCGGAGUGGGUCUGACUGUGGCCUUGUUGGGAGUCGCAACUGGAACCUUUUUAAUGGCCAAGGCACACUUUGUACAAUAAUGGUGUUGAAAGUUCAGACCACUUUCAUAUUUUGGUAUGUGUAAUGCAAGAUAUUUCUGAUGGGUUUAUAUGUAGUUUGGAGUUUACGUAGUAUACCCUGCAGAGUUUAGUCUCUAUUUGUUCAUCUUUAUUUCUUGGCAGAAUGGUUGGACAAUGGUGAUAAAACCAAUACAAAGGUGGUAUGACUGGUUAUCCAUUGUUAUCUAUUUUAAUGUGAUAGAUAGCUGAUGAAAGAAAUAUAUUUGGUUAUGAAUCUGACACUGAAGUAAGGAUGGGGCAGGACUAGAUAAGCCUUUGCAUCUUUCUGUCCCUUCUCAAACUGUAUUUAUGAGUUGAUUCAUAAGUAGAUUUAUGUUAAAUUUAUUGUAUUUUGUUACUUUUUCUGUGAUUAAUGAGCAUUGAUGGGUGCAAAUGUAAUUGACCUCUUGCUUUUGUUUUUUUAGUUCUUUUAUUUUUACUUCAAAGUUUGAGACAAAUAAACAAAUAAGAGUUUCUAAGCCUUAACUUGAUCCUGAGGGAUAAUGUUCUUCUACAACUUAGCUUCAGUGAAAGUAGACAUGAACAAAAAGAAACCACACAGCAUCAUGCCUCAAAUGUGAAAUUCAAACCCUGUACAAAUCCAUCUCUUGAUAAAACAGUUGGAUUUUCAUAAGUCAGUGUCACGUUUAUACUAAUGUGGAACUGACUCACCAAUAUGACAAACACACUGAAACGGCUGAUUGACUCAAGUUUGAAUUUACACAAUUAAAAUGCAGAAAAUAUUCAAACUACAUUUGUUUUCUACAAAACAUUCACCUAUAUUUGUGUUUGCAUCCUGGUUACAGCUGUGAGGUUUACACAAGAUAUACACAAAAAUAAAUUCAACACUUUGGUUUUCCCUCCAGUUUACAAUGGGCUGAUAUGAAGGACAUAAACCUUUUUUCAUGUACACAAUAGACCUAUUCCUCUGAAACAAAUCUGCUGUUUGCUGAGAUAUUCUGUCCCUGGUGUGUAGUGCACUGCUCCAAGUUGAACUGUUCAUAUGUUAAUGCUUUGCUAAUGGAAAUCAAAUAAAAUGUAUAUGAUUUCAUGACAUAUGUCUGCUG